AUUGACUAUUAAAAUAAUCGUUUGUGGCAGCACUAGUCACAGGUACUGUUAAAAAAGAAAGACACUUUGAUAGUAUUAGUCUGUAAAUUUCUUCCUAAUCUGUAGUUUUCCAUCAAUACUAAUUAUCCUCCCCUUCCCAGCUUCCUCCUCUCUGCCCUUUUCUCUCUCACUUGCAUGCACUAAUCCUUUUGUUGUGAACUGAGGGGCCCGAGUUCCGACUGACCAUUUAGCACUGUAAGGACCGGUCCAACUGAAGGGUGCCUGCAGAGCCCUCCUGUUCUCCGUCGGAUUAGCACUUCAGUUAUGAAUGCCUCCCUAACCAGGAACAAAGUGUUCUCUGUUGUCCCACACCUCUCUUUGAAUCUGUCGUUUAAUUUCCUCAUCUCUGUUUGGUCUCUGAGGAAAGCUGAGUCAUCUGAAGGCGACAGAAACAUGAAUUUCAGGAGCGCUGCGUCAUGUUUGUUGCUGCUUCUUUUUUCUCCUCUGGGAGCUCAGACCAGUAAAGAUCAGGGAAACCUGUCAGCUCUGCUCAAAGGCUUGGAUCUUUCAACGGGCGACAAACCGCAGCUGCAGAACACAACCAGUGUUCUGAUCUCAAAGGUGCUCCAAGCCGUGGAGUGUGCAGAGAGGACCGGCAUGACCCAGAACACGUGCAAGAAGUGCCUGACAUCAGAGGUGGCCCUCUCUGUGGUAGACGAUCGCGACAAAGACCACCUCAAUGAGGAAGACUAUCAGCGGAUCUCCACGGUUCUGCUGCAUUACAUCAUUAACAUGCAAAAUCUCUGCAGGGCAAAUGCUGCCUCCCCUUCAUCCCCAGGGGAUCUACAGUCUUACAUCCUGGCCCUCACAAACACCCACCCAGCUGAGGACAGUCAGUUUCUGUCAUACAAGGAGAUAGAAAGCAUUCUGCGGCUCAUCAACCAACACUACCGCCCCUCCAACCAAGACUCUCCUUCUACUUCGCAAUGCAUUGGUGCAGCUCGUCUUCUAGAAGAUGCAGAUGCGGCGGGAUAUCCAGGUGUUGGGACGGCUUCUGUGCCCAAACUGGCAGCAGCAAUCAUCGGCCACAUCCUGCAGGGUCACACUUUGAAACCGAGCAACCUCUCAAACCCCGAUGUCUUUACAGACUAUGUUUUUAAAUAUGUCAAUCGCACACGAUACCUGCAGAUGAUGGAUCUGGAGAAGCUUCUUCAUCAGUUGGGAGUAGGAGAGGCACAAAACAGCACAAGUUCACAGAAGAUGCAUGCAGCGGACAUCUGCAAGCAUGAAGGAACAAGCAAAGGUUGGGAAAAGGUCUGCUUCUCAGCCAAUCAGCUGGUGGAUAUUUCUUCUGUGGAUCCAAGUUCGCCCAUUUCCAAGGAGAACUUCAGACAGAUCUGUCCUGCCAUCAUUCAGCAGUUGCUGGGAAAUGCGUGUAAAUCUGCCAAGCCGAAAACAAAAGGGUCUCCACCAACCGCUAUGGAGAAGUACGGCUACAGCACCGCUGCUGUCCUCCUGAUCACAGUGGGCUCCAUGUUCAGCGUCUGUUUGAUCUUCUUCCACUCCUGUAAGGAGACCUACGCACUCGUGCUGCAGCUGUUUGUGGGGCUCGCAGUGGGAACGCUGUCGGGAGAUGCUCUUUUACACCUCAUACCUCAGAUCCUUGGCCUCCAUGAUGACCUCCACAGUCAUGCUGAUGCCCAACACGUUCAUGAAAAGGAGUAUCUAUGGAAGGUUCUGGGCCUGAUCGCUGGGAUUUAUGGUUUUUUCCUGAUUGAAAAAAUGUUCUCCACGUUAGUUCCGUCUCACAGUCACGGACACGCGAGUGACCUUUCGUCUGAGCUGAACUGCAACAGUCGGUCUCACAGAAGUAAAUCCAGUUCCACCAUCCAGCUGGGAGCGGUGGAGGACCUGGAAUCUACAGAAACAUCUGAGCAAACAAAUAAAAGCAGCCCUCCACAUCAAAGACAAGGAGUUCCUCUGCUGGCUGUGAUGGUAAUUGUAGGCGACAGUCUUCAUAACUUUGCGGACGGAUUGGCUGUUGGGGCAGCGUUCUCCUCCUCGGUGGAGACUGGCAUGGCCGUCACUGUGGCCAUCCUGUGCCAUGAAAUCCCACACGAGAUGGGGGACUUUGCGGUGCUGCUGAACUCCGGGCUGUCAGUGAAGACUGCGGUGCUGAUGAACUUCCUGAGCGCUCUGACGGCCUUCAUGGGCCUCUUCAUCGGACUUUUGGUUUCUUCAGAGAGCGAAGUGCAGCUGUGGAUCUUCUCCAUCACUGCUGGGAUAUUCCUCUAUUUGUCGCUGGUAGAAAUGCUUCCAGAGAUGAGUCGAGUGAAGAGCGACAGACCCGGCCUGACGUUUCUCCUGCAGAACCUCGGCCUCUGGAUGGGCUGGGCCUGUCUCUUCUUCAUCGCAGUAUUUGAACACAAACUCAAAUUCUGAGGACAAAUCUUCACAUCACACGUUUGUUUUCUUUGUCUGAUGAAUCUGUUUGUUUUUUUUUUUUGCAAAGAGAAUGCUUUAAAAACUCUUUUUAGAGGUGUAAUUACUUAUUAGAUUCUAGUUAUGUUAACAGAGCUUCAUUACUUCAUGUAAGACUCUCAGUUUUUAUAUUUGAUGUAUUAUUAUUUAGAAAUGUUUUUUUAACCGUGGGAGAUUGUGAGGUAGUGGAAACGGUUCAACUUCACCAAAUAAAUAAAAUAAAUGUUU